UGUCAUGGUGAUACGUGGCUUGGCGGCUUCCAUGCAUAUCUUCUCGAAAAUUCCACUCAAGCGAUAGUGUUAGAUCCUGUCUGCUGCUCGUCACCACAUGUUCGUAUUGAUUCAACAUCAUGCAUUAAUGAUCAAAUCAAUACAGCAACGCGAGACUUUGCGCAUUCCUUGGUAGCGGAUUUGACAUAUCGCGGCUUACAAUGCUGGCAUCAAUACAACACAAAUCGAACCCUAGUUGACCUCCUUUGGAAAACUGAAAUCUGCCCAUUCCAAUCAGUCGAUUUCCCCGUGGUAACAACUGAUCCACUUUGCGAAGAGUGUAGUUGUGCGUGUGGUGUGGAACAAUGUGCAACAGGAACGGAACCUGUACGUAUUAUACACAAAAAACGACAAGGUAAAUGCGGUUGUGAUUGUAGAUGUACAUACAAAUGUAUCAAAUUUGAAUGACU